CAUUCCUGAAGCGGCUGAAACAGAGAAAAUGGCUCGUUGAGAUUGAAUUGGGGAACCGAUCUAGAGAGCAGUCUUUUAAUGCUGAAACAAGCGUGAAAGCAAGGAACAAAGUGGAAACUGGCUGGCAAUUGGCGUAGAUCUCCCAGUUUUCUUCUUCCCCACCUGCUUGAUCGGUAUUGAAUGACCCGUACGUAAACAGAGCUCGCGGAGACAUGGGGACCCCAAUGAACGUCAUCGUUGUGGGUUCUCAUGUGUGGGUGGAGGAUCCCAACGUCGCAUGGAUCGAUGGAGAGGUUACUGCGAUCACAGAUAGCAAUGCCACCGUCGUCAUCACUAAUGGCGACGCCACCAAGACUGUCGUGGUUAGUCUGUCAAAUGUAUACCCUAAAGAUACAGAGACUCAUCAAGCUGGGGUGGAUGAUAUGACCAAGUUAGCUUACCUCCAUGAACCAGGAGUUCUCCACAAUCUCUCGACGCGUUACGCACUGAAUGAAAUAUAUACAUACACUGGGAAUAUUUUGAUCGCUGUAAACCCAUUCCGGAGGCUUCCACAUUUGUAUGAUCUCGACGUGAUGGAGCAGUACAAAGGUGCCGCUUUCGGCGAGCUAAGGCCGCAUCUUUUCGCAGUCGCGGAUGCUUGCUACAGGGCAAUCAUAAAUGAACAGGGAAGUCAAUCGAUUCUGGUUAGUGGAGAGAGUGGAGCUGGUAAAACGGAGACGACCAAGAUGCUCAUGAGGUAUCUAGCUUUCAUGGGUGGGAGGUCGUGCACAGAGGGCCGAACAGUAGAACAGCAAGUCUUGGAGUCUAAUCCAGUGCUCGAAGCAUUCGGGAAUGCCAAAACAGUGAAAAAUAAUAACUCAAGCCGUUUUGGUAAAUUCGUCGAGAUUCAAUUCGAUAAGUAUGGAAAGAUUUCUGGAGCUGCAAUCCGCACAUAUCUGCUCGAGCGCUCCAGAGUUUGUCAACUAUCUGAUCCAGAAAGAAACUACCAUUGCUUUUACAUGCUCUGCGCUGCACCGCCGGAGGAUGCAAAGAAGUUUAAGGUUGCUGACCCAAGAACGUUCCAUUAUCUAAAUCAAACCAACUGCUAUGAUGUUGCAAAUGUGGAUGAUGCUAGGGAGUACUUGGAGACUAGAAAUGCCUUGGAUAUUGUCGGAAUCAAUGUGGAAGAACAGGUCAGUUGAGCUUCGUUCGAGUUGAUUCUUACUAAACCAAAUUGUGGAAUUUGAAUCUGCAU